AGCAGACUGGCGAGGGCUCAGAGCGAGCAGAGAUAGACGAGAGGCUGGGGCGCGGAGCUGCGCUACAAUGAGCCACAUUCUCUCCCCUACAGCCACAAUGAGUUGGACUUACGUGUGGAUGCUACUCUUCCUUCUUCCCUACACAGGGGAUGCUGUUCCUAAAAUUAAUGAAGGGCAAGACAGAUUUACUAUUAAAGUUGGUGAGAGAUUUCAGUUGAUAUGCAGAGAUGCUCAGUUAGUAAAGUGGACGUUUCAAAAGUCAGGCCUUGUAAAGAAACCACGAGAUGUGCAAAGUCGUCCAUAUAACAAAAGUGAAACUGACCAGAUUCUCUUUAUUGGAAAAGCCGAUCUCAAGCACGUUGGAAGGUAUACAUGCACAAAUACAGAGACGUAUGAGAAUACCUCGAUCUCUCUCUUUGUAAAGGAUCCGGCAAGACCAUUUCUUGAUGUCCCAUUUAUCGAUGUAAUAGAAGGAUCUGACGCUGUUGGCAUGUGUUUUCCUUCCGAUCCUGACAUUGUUGAUAUUGCUAUAGAGAAGUGUGAUGGUUCUCCCUUGGCAGAGGAUUUUACCUUCACAACAGACAUUGAGGCUGGGAUCACCAUCAAAAUGGUGCAGGUGUCCUUUGAUGGUUGCUAUGUAUGUACUGGAAAUCAAAGUGGGACAGUGAAAAAAAGCAGCACAUUCUCUAUUCAUGUAAAGCCAGAACCCAAAAAAGAACCAACUAUAUUUCUGACCAAAUCCAGACAACUUGUCAAGACUGGAGAACCAUUUGAAGUCACCUGUACAGUAAUGGAUGUCUUUAGUACUGUAAAAGCUCAGUGGUUGGAUGCCAGAGAUAUGGAGAGUACAGAACGUGCCAAUUUCCUACCAACUCGCAUCUUCAGUCUAAAUUUAACUCUGAAAAGCGAUGGUGUUCUCUUCAGUGAAUCCAGAACUUUCACCUGUCAAGCAGAAAACGCUAUUGGCCAAGUGAACGCUACAUUCACCUUAGAUGUCAUAGACGUUGGAUACGUCAACCUGACUGUCCUGGAGAACACAACAAUCAGUGUUAAUGCUGGAGACAACCUUGUCCUUAGGGUGUAUAUCGACGCAUAUCCUCCUCCAGAUCAAGGAUUUUGGACUUAUUUAAAUGAAACACUUCUAAAUACUUCGGACCAUUAUGUUGAGAUCAGAGACGAAGGCAAUAAUAGGUACGUUAGUGAGCUGCAUUUGAUUCGUUUAAAAGGAACAGAGAAAGGAGCUUACACCUUCUAUACCUCCAAUUCUGAUGAUUCCGCUUUUGUCAACUUUAAUAUCCAAGUAAAAACAAGGCCCGAAAUCCUCAUUGCCGAUAGAACUAGUGAAGGCACGUUACAAUGUGUAGCAACGGGAUUCCCUGUUCCCGCUAUUCAGUGGUAUUUUUGCCCAGGAAGUGAGCAGAGAUGCACUGACUAUCCCCCGAUUUUACCUGUGAAUGAAAAAUUUAUCCAAGAAAAUUCAUCCCUCGGCCGCGUAGUAGUGGAAAGUACCAUUGAUGUCAAUCAUAUUAAGAAAAAUGGUACUGUGCAAUGUGUCGCAUCCAACGAGGUGGAGAGUGCUUCUUCAGUAUUCAGUUUCGCCAUCAAGGAGAAAGUUAGAGCCCACACUCUCUUUACCCCCUUGCUGAUUGGAUUUAUAGUAGCAGCGGGAUUAAUGUGCAUUGCCGUUGCCAUCCUCAUGUAUAAGUAUUUGCAGAAGCCAAAGUACGAAAUACAGUGGAAGGUUGUGGAAGAAAUCAACGGGAACAACUAUGUUUAUAUUGACCCCACACAGCUUCCUUAUGAUAACAAAUGGGAAUUCCCCAGAGACAGGCUCUGCUUUGGUAAAAUUCUUGGUGCUGGAGCAUUUGGCAAAGUGGUUGAAGCUACUGCCUAUGGCCUCAUUAAAGAAGACAGCAGGAUGACCGUUGCAGUUAAAAUGCUCAAGCCAAGUGCUCAUUCCACAGAGAGGGAAGCCCUUAUGUCAGAACUGAAAGUUUUAAGCUAUCUUGGCCAUCACAAAAACAUUGUGAAUCUUCUGGGUGCCUGCACAAUUGGAGGACCAACAUUGGUCAUUACGGAAUACUGCUGUUAUGGAGACCUUUUGAAUUAUCUGAGGAGAAAGCGGGAUUCUUUUAUAUGUCCAAAAUUUGAAGAUAACUCAGAGGCAGCACUUUACAAGAAUCUUCUUAAUUCAAGGGAUAUGGGCUGCGAAGGAAUGAGUGAAUACAUGGAUAUGAAGCCAGCUGUGUCUUAUGUUGUCCCCACGAAGACUGACAAAAGGAGAUCUGGUUCAUUUGGAGAUAAAGAUGUGUCUGUGUCAAUUCCCGAAGAGGAUGACUUAGCUUUGGAUACGGAUGAUCUGAUAAACUUUUCAUAUCAAGUUGCACAGGGAAUGAAUUUUCUUGCUUCAAAAAAUUGCAUUCACCGAGACCUUGCUGCAAGAAACAUCCUCCUCACUUAUGGGCGUAUAACAAAAAUUUGUGACUUUGGACUUGCUCGAGACAUCAGAAAUGACUCAAAUUAUGUGGUGAAGGGAAAUGCUCGACUUCCAGUGAAGUGGAUGGCUCCUGAGAGCAUAUUUCAUUGUGUCUAUACAUUUGAGAGUGAUGUUUGGUCUUACGGGAUCCUUCUCUGGGAGAUCUUUUCACUGGGAAGCAGCCCUUACCCUCGAAUCCCAGUGGACUCCAAGUUCUAUAAGAUGAUCAAGGAUGGCUACCGAAUGAUGAGCCCUGAAUGUGCUCCUCUUGAAAUGUAUGAAAUAAUGAGAAGUUGUUGGAAUUCAGAUCCAUUAAAACGACCAACUUUCAAGCAAAUUGUACAGAUGGUGGAACAGCAGCUAUCAGACAGCAAGGCGAAUACCUCUGUACCGUACCCUGUAAGUCACGUUCCACUGGACCAUGCAGUAAGAAUAAACUCCGUGGGGAGCAGCACCUCUUCUCAACCACUGUUAAUGAACAGUGACCGCUGAACCUUUACAAGCAAACACUCAUGGCAAGGGAUAUUGCUUCACCUGAGGCUGACUGCAAUUUUCCAGGCAUCUUCUUACCAUGAAAUGACUGAAAAUGUAAUGGGUCAGUGAUCCCAUUGCAGCACAAAGAACCAUUGUGUUCGCUGAAAGAAAGACCUUAGCACUGUUGUUUGGUUAUUAAACUGUUUUGAAGACACAAGAACCCACAACAAUCCUUUGCCUGCUUUUAUGACAUAGGAUUAGAAGAUUCAGAAUUGGCUCUGUGGUUACAGUGAACAUACUUUGAACAUUAUCAUCAAAUUUUUUUUUUUUUUUUUUAUAUUUUGCGUUCAGUGCAAUUCAGUGCUUUGGUCAACAAGGUUCUCAAACUGGGCAAAGAUACAGAAUAAGCUGUUUCUCUUCACUGGAGCCAAUUAGUUUGGAUGCUAUUUGAAGAAAACAUUUUGAAAUACUCUUAAUAUGGCAAGAAGACUUUAAUUGUAAAUGUAGACAUUGUGUCUGAGGCUUAAUCCUACAUGGAUAUCUUGUUUCUUAGACUCCACCUUACUUGUAGCUGAGGCCUUCAAGCUGGGUUUUCUCUUUAUACCAAGAAGCAGAACCAUUAAUGUUCAUGUCUGUGUAGUUGGAAUGGGAUAUCCCAUUUGAUUCUUUUUCACUUUAGUAUUUAUUUACCAUUUGCAAGCACUUACAUCAAUGAUAUAUACAAUAAAUAGGCUUGGUACUGCAGCGAGAAUUAAAUGUUUUAGCUUUAAUACCCUAGAUUCCUCAAUGCUGCAGGAAUUUCUGAGCAAUGUCCAUUCCUGCUUUGUAGGAUUGCACAGAAAGGAAUACUCCUGCUCAGACACAGGUUGCAUAGGAAUGAAAAAAGCUAUUUGUAGCAUUUGUUUUUGUGUAAGUUUUCCUGAAUGUGGUUUUUCCGAGAUCUAAAAAAACAACAAAAGUUUUGUUUGUGGGUUAGAUCAGUCGGAGUUGAAAAGUCAGAGGGAGAGCAAUAGAUUGUAGAUUGUUCAUCCCUCAGAUUUUGAGCAUGUUGUUUUUAUUUUGUGUUUUUGGUUUAUUCUGGUGAAUGCUAUACAGGUGCACCAACUGACCACCUUUCAUUUACUGCUGUGUAUAUAAUAGUGUAUCUGCCAAUAAUAGUACAGAAUGCUGUAUUUUCCUGCUUUGUGAACAUUUGUUAUGAGGAGGGCAAGGUGAAACCAAAAUGGCUAUAAAACAACCAAGAUUUAGAUGUUAGUAUUAAGCAAAUGGGUGCCUUUUGAUACACCUACCUACCUCCAACCUAUGGUGAGUUAUUACUAGACGUUAGCCCUCCUAUAUACACACUGAGUAUACUUACGAAAGAUGCUGAAAAUGUGUUUGCGCUAAAUUUAGUUGUUUUCAUUCAUCUGCAUCUGUGUAUGUGUGUGGAGCCCCAGCUUCCAGCCAGCGUAGGCCCACAAGCAGCACUCACUUAUAAUGCACCUUAAUACAAAAGUGGGGUACUGCACCUAAAGGCACUCCAGGUCCUAAACAGUACAUAACUUACUAAAAUGUUUGCCACUAAGCUUGUCAUUGUAUUGGGCUACUGUCCAUUUUCCUGUGCAAAUGUGCAGCAAUGCAGUCCUCCUAUUACAUAGUUCAUGUUUGGUACCUUCCUCUAUUAGAAAUGUCAAGCCUAAUGUUGUACUCCAACAUGCAUAACUCCACAACUGGUUUCUGCAAAGUUGUUAUUACAGAGAACUAUAUUUUAAAGGAAAAGCAUUCGUAGCUCUUUCCACAAAAUGUCCUAAUAUACUGAAAUGAACCGCUGUAUAUGGCUGUGGUACAAAGGAAAUCAUACGGCUGUCCAAUGCGACGUAGGAAAAAAUACUUUUGGGGUCUUUUGCUGCUUGUUAAGAUAAUGCCACACUUUGCUUUUAAAUCAAGCUUCUCUUAGCUGUGCUCUUUCUGUCACCAACAUGUCUGCUUUAGGCACAGCAUUUUCGUUUCGACAAAUAGCGGCCCCUUGUAGCAUUAGCCUAAUGUCUUUAUAGCCAUUUUGGAAUGUAUUAUUCUUGAGCAGAGGUGGUCAGUAUGCAGCCCUGCUACUGUUACUGAUUGGCUGCCACCAGCAGGCUAUAUAACACACCUUGCUCUAGAGAGAUGUUAGAACACAGCAUCUCAGUUUUGCAUUUGCACUGGACUCAUAUUUGCUGUUGUGCCUUUUCUGUAUUCCUGUUUAAAUAAAAAUACCCCAUUUACCCCAUUGCUGCUGUGGGAACCACCAGUAUAGCCAAGAGGUAAAGUCAGAAAUCCACUGUAUCAUGUCUGUAAUAUCAUUGUUGAAUAAAUCCUUUAUGCACACACAGAGGUACUUUGGGUGCACUUAGUUGGACACUUUUUAUUUUAAUGGUUUCAAGAUGUAAUAUAUUUUUGUAUAUUCCUGUUACAAUGCUACCAUUUUUUUUACUGUGACUGGAUGUUCAAAUUCUUUUCACCGUGAUUUUUUGUUGUUGUUGUUAAUACUAAACAUGUAGCAAUAAUUUGUUUGCAAAGUCCCCAACACCUCUCAAAAGUAUUUUUCUAUGUAUGUAAAUAUGUGUAUUAUAUGUUGCAAGCCUAUGGCAUCUUGCAUUAUUGCUUGAUUGUUGAAGCAUUUGAAAGUAAUAAAUGUUUGAACUUUGAAGAU